CAGCGCCUGCGCAGAACGCGCGGCCCGGCCCCGCCCCCCGGCGCGCGUCGCCGUCCCGUGACGUCACAGCGGAGUUGCCAUGGCGGUAGUGACUGGCCUGGCGUCGGCGCUGGAGUCGUAUAGGGGUCGGGACCGCCUGAUCCGAACGCUGGGGUACUGCUGCCAGCUGGUUGGUGGGGUCCUGCUCGAACAAUGUCCUGCCAGGUCGGAAGUGGGGACUCGCCUGCUGGCGGUGUCAGCCCAGCUGAGCCACUGCAGGACUGUCCUGCGACUCUUUGAUGACCUAGCCAUGUUUCUAUACACAAAGCAGUAUGGCCUGGGCCCAGAGGAGGAGGAUGCCUUUGUCCGAGGGGUGUCUGUGCUGAGCAACAUAGCUGACCAGCUCUACUAUCCAUGCGAGCACCUUGCCUGGGCCGCCGACGCCAAGGUCCUGCAUGUGGACUCUGCCCGAUGGUGGACGCUGAGCACGGCUCUCUGGGGCCUCUCCUUGCUCCUGGGAGUGGCCAGGUCCCUGUGGAUGCUGCAGAAGCUGAGGCAGAGGCUGCAGAGCUCCAAGGCGGCCUUCACCAGCCGGCUGCCCCGAAGCAAGCGGAGGGCCUUGGAGGCACAGAUGCGGUCGGAGGUGCUCACGCUGCUCAGCAACCUGGCCGACCUGGCCAAUGCUGUGCACUGGCUGCCCCCGGGCGUGCUGUGGGCUGGCCGCUUCCCGCCCUGGCUGGUGGGCCUCAUGGGCACUGUGUCCUCGCUGCUCAGCGUCUACCAGGCAGCCCGGGCUGGUGGCCAGACUGGGGCUGGCGACCAGACUGAGGCUGGCAGCAGCCCCUGACGCAGCCCAGGGAACAGGACCCAGCUGGACCCCAUGGAGGGUCCGUCCCACUGAGCAGUAGUCCCUGCCACAGGGGCUGCGUCUGUAACUGAGCAGCCGAGAGAAGCCAGGGGGGAAGAGGGGCUGGUGCAAGUGCUCCAGGGCCCAUCCUGUGGCCUUGGUGGGGAAAGUGCCCCUUGGGGGACCACAUGGGGAGGAUCCCUGGGGCCUCAGAGCCAAGGCAGAGCUCACUGUGACCCACAUCAGCUGUUGGCAGGAGAGCAGGGACACAAACCUGCCUCCUACCUGCUGGGCCUGGGGAGAGCUGAAGGAGAAUCAAUUAAAUAUCCUGGUGCUGGCA